UCAAAAUUAAAAUUGGGUGCUGCCGAGCCAACAUCCAAAAAUGAAAUCUGCUUUUGGCUUGAAAAUAGCGGUAUUCUAUAUUUUUAUUCAUCCAUAUCGACUGCGCAUGUCACGCGCAGAUGGCACCCGAAAUAAUAAUUAAGCUAUAAUAACUCAAUUAAUUAAUAAUUAAUAUUUUUUUAUUUCUUGGUUGGUGGGGGUAAAAAUAUUGUUCCGGUUCCAUAUUCCGCCAUUCUUAGUUUUGGACCAUUUCAUCUAGGGAGAUUUUGAAAAUGAGAAAUAGGUUAGUAUCACUCUUACCGUCUGCUGAUAGAGUUCUCAGACGGCCAGAAGGGUUCGGGUUUUUAAUUUUAGCCUCUUGAUGAGGAAGAUGCUCCCAAUUAAAAUUUAUUCUCGACUCUGCCAUAUCUUUAGUGAAUACCAAAUGUCUAGCAACCUGCGACCUACGUUUUCCAAGUCGAGUGGAUCGGUGUUUUCAAGAAUCGAGCCCGGAUCCUGCGUCUGCGUUACAGCAGAGCCCAAAACACUGAGAAUAUUUUUGAUAGCUAAAACAACAGUUCCCUUAUCUCCAUCUUCUCCGGAUUUGUGUAAAUCUUUGCUGGUUAAUUAGAUGUGGCACGUUGGUCUUGGCUGUGUUAAGCUGAAUGGAUAGUGUGCUUUGGCAAAUUAGUGCUCAAAGAUAGAUUCUCCAAACGGGUGCUGAUCGACGGUAAUUCUCAUCUGGUGGUUGCUGCGCUUAGAGCUGCACGUGCUGUAAGAAAACCAAACCACCGGAAGCACCUCUGUUGUGCAAGAUCUUUACUAACUAUAAAAUAAAAAUCAACAAAGUUUAUAAUCGAGUCAAAUUCUAAAGUCAAAGACGGUUAAUGAUGAAUCUGCAACAAAUGGAAAUGAUUUGAGCAAGGCAGUUAAAAAGAUUAAUGUUGGAGAACUGCCAAAACAAAUAUCAGUUAAUACAGCGAUAGAUGAUCUAGAAACAGACAGGGCACCUGUGCCCAGAAAAGUUGAUUACGGUAAAAUUGAGAAAUUGCCCAAGAAGGAAAAAGGACCUACAAAGAUAUCAAUCUUAUCGUGGUCAGAUUUCAAAGAGUUGGAGGAGGAGGAGACUGAAAAGAAGAGUUAUAGAAGAAUGGGUCAGGUCUUAUUAAUCUUCUACCUCCAUUAAGCAGUGCAACGGUUUGAACCAAAAGAAAUAAAAUGGUACUUCAUGUUCUCACAAAAUCAGUCGUAAGCAAGAAACUCAAAAUCAAAUCUUUGUCAAAUUAUUCAGAUUCAGAAGAUGAAGAUGAUCAUAAAACUUUAUGUAGCAUUGAUUUCUUUUCUCUAUCCACUCCCAUUAAGAUUCCUGAUGAACUUUUACCUCCUAUGAGUAAAUCUGAUAUGGAUGCUAUCAAUGUAAUAACUACUGAGAAAAAAAAAUGUAUAAUAAGGGAGAAAAGCCAAUUACAGAAGAAAGUCAGGAAGAGUCAAGGACAACAUUAGUAAGCAAUAUUAUGAAUCUUCCCAAAGAAGAAAUAAUAUUAAAAAACAAGACAGAGGUUGUAGGCACUAACACGUAUAAAAAUUCCAAAGACAAAAGCUUUAGCUGCAAGAGAAGAAGAUUCAACAAGUUUAGUAGAGCUGAAUCAGCGAAAAGUAUGGUAGGCACCUUGUAGACAUGCAGGACAUGAAGCCAGGAGACGUAACUGAGAAACCAUACAAAUCUUGCUAUAACAUUAGCAAGCCGUACCUGCUCUGCUGCCAUUGUUCAUCCAUUGCAUGUCCACCUUGUGACCACUGCAGCUGUUGUAUUCUACUCAAAAAAUGCAAGGAAGAAGCCUAUAGAAACAGUAUUACGAUGUAGAAUAUUGUUGCAUCACAUGUAAAUCACUUUUCAAAUCAUAUUAUCCAGGAAACAGAAAUGAUGGUGAACUCAGCAUAUGAGCAUUGGUUAAAGUAUUGAGAAAGAUUGAUAAUUUGGAGACAUUCAAAGCUGAACUGCAGUCAGUCGACAAAAGCGCAGAUAAAAGAACUAAGGGUUUUUUUGAACAUGAGAAGUUUCCGACUAGCCAGUUCAGAAGUGUGUACAGUCUCUCAAGUUAUGUUACACCAGAAGAAAUGGAGAGUCAUGCUAGUUUUAAUUUGACCAAACUGCAAGAACUGACAGAAAUUAGAUAGAAGAAAAAUAGAUAGUAUUCAUUAAUUCUCUAAUUCUAAGAAUUUCAAAAAUCACUAAUGUCAACAUGAUGCUGAUGAACUCCACUAAUGAGAACUUAAGUAAACAUUUUAAUCUGUGCCAAGAAUGGAUUAUUCCGGAUAGCAGAACAAGGGAAAAAGAGAUUGUUUUGGUAUCAAUUAUACAAAGCAGUUUUCCCAUUAUUUUGUACGCAUCAAAGUAAUACAGUUGACUCAAUCGAUUUUUUGUUAUGCUUUAUUAGUGGUAUAGAACAUAUUAGUAAACUUUACUGAAAAACAAUUUUGCAAAGCAACAAAAGACACCCAUGCAGAUAGCAGUGCAGGCCUUCCCAUGAGACGCAGCCUGUUGCCCUUGUGAACUUCGUGGAUGUCCUAUUUGGUUCGACGAUGCGGUUUGCCAAUAUGAAUUCAAAUCAUAUAAAUGAUUCACCUGUAGAAAAAACUGGUGCUGUGUUAAAGGAUUCUAUAUUGUACCACUUGCUAUAGUUUAAAUAAUUAUAGCUGUAAUUCAAACGCAAGUAGAUGUUUCACUGCUGAUUUAAAAUUCAUUGUGUAUGCUCUGCAGCCCAUCAAAAAAGGAGAUGAAGUAUCCGGGUUAAUUGUCUAGCUUAUGAAAAUAAGUGGCCUAUUUGUUCAAUUAUUAAAACUGGAUGUGAGGAGUUGGCUAGAAAGACGAAAAUGAAAUCUAAAGAAGUUAAAAUUUGGAACAAGUAUCAAAAAUUGAAAAGAAAAUGCAUUUUAUGAUUUAGAUCUUAUACAUAUAAAGUCUAUCUAAAAUAAUUGAAUCUGCGUAACAGAUUAGAUCAACCAGCAGUCACUAUUUAUAAGAUAAUUCAUGCUCUAAUAUUAGUAUUUGAAUAUUUAUAUGGAUAUACGUUAAAAGUGUUCAAUGACUGUUGAACUAGAAAAAAGAUUAUUACAUUUUUUUUACAUUAGCAACGUGAUUCUGAUUAAUCACAUAAUUCUUAAUGCCGCGCCAUUUGUCUAUUCUGCAAAGUGCCUGAAAAAUAUGAAUAGGAAAACUUUGAAGCGUCCGAAAAAGCGCGAAGCAUUGGCAAUGAAUUCUUUAAUAGUGGAUUACCAAGACAUUCGAAAAUAGUACAGUGAGGCCAUCGCUAUGACACCACCGAACUUGGAUAUGCUAGCUCUAGCCUAUGGAAACAGAUCUUGUCUACUGUUAACUGAAGUAGGUCGAUGCAAAGGAUAAAGAUGAAAAGUUUCGCAAAAUAGUUAAAAAAGGAAGGUCUGAAUCUGGGGCGAUUUCGACAGAUUCUUUUCAACAGAUCCUACAGAUGAUACAAUUGUGAUGACGCCAGCUACACAGAUUUUCGAAGUUUUAAAUGAAUUUCUAGUAGUAUAUAAAAAAGAUAGAGAUCGUAGAAGAAUGGAAAAUAUGUAUAGAUACCUUGUUAGAUCACUUACGUAUGAUUCUCCCACAUUUUCAUACAUUGGAGUCACACUAUCGAAGGAUCACUAUAAUUCUUGGAUUUUGCAAGUAAAAAAAAUUUUACUUCUUUGCUUGUUGGAGUUAAAAGAUUUUGAUGUUGACGUGCCUAGUGAUUAUAAAUCUAUACUUUUAAGACUACAGACACUAGUUAGUUUCACUUCAACUAAAACAUGGGCAAUUAUGGAAAUUCCUGAUAUGCAAAAACUAAAAAUAGGAAUGCAUCAACUAUGUGCUAAUAUAAUAGGAUAUUUAGUUAAUAACGAAUUUUAUUCAAUCAUGCAGAAUUUAUUAAAAAAAGUUCUGUGCAAGAAGGAAACUAAUCUUCAAAUUGUUACAUUGACCACAAUUUCGACAUUGAGCCUGAGACCACUAAUAUAUUCAAAAAAUUCAAACAAAAUUAUGGCAACUUUUUUGAUUUCUAUACUUAGUGUGCCAGCUCUUAUAUUUUAUCUGGAUUAUAAGGAUCAAUGUACCUGCAUUUUGUCAUAUAAACAAAAUCACGUCUUUGAAAGCUGUGUGCAGUUUUUAAGUAAAAAAGAAAAUCUUGGUCUUGUCUCAAAUAAUCUAGGAGGCAAUUAUACUCUUUGCUUACUUGCAAAUUUAGUACAUCUAGCUAAUAUUGAAAUCAAUAAAGUACCAGAUGAAGUAUUUUUUCCAGAUUUCACGGUAGUUGCUACUCACUUGCUUGAAUUUUGUCAACAAUACGUUGUACAAAAACAAAGUAAUACGACACAUUGGCACCCCAUACUUGGUUGGUUUGAGCAACCCCAAGAUUGUUCUUUACAACUAGCUUUACCACUAAUAAAAAUUCAAAUAUCUUUUCUUUGGACAGGAGAAAUAAUUGACAAAAUUUUUGGUAGGCCAUUAAAUCAAAUAGUAGACAAAGAAUAUCAGACCAUUAUAAACGAACCAAAUACUUCACAUAAAACUAACUUUCUUUUCCGAACAAUACUCGAGCUUCACACUAAAAAAAAAAAUCAUAAUAAACAAUACAAUAAGAUAAGUAGCGUUGAUACAUUAAAAAUUGCGACGAUUUGUUCGUUAUUUUAUACUACUUUACGUACAUUGACGGAAAUGAAAACUGCCAUUCUGACAGGAUUGUGUUAUAAAGAUAGAAAUAUACUUUACAAGAUGUGGCUAUUUUUUGGAACUUUAGGACCACAAAAUGGCCUUAAGACAUUUCUGGAACAUCAUUUAAAAAAUACCCAACUGAAUACAUCAGAACUGAAAAUGCUAAUAUUUUUUGCAGAUUGUAUGAACCAUUAUAUAACUAUUUUAGACGAUAUUGAAAUGUACGAACAACAAGAUCCAUUUAAGCUUUCAGAUCUUAUUUGUUUGUCAAAUUUUUUAAAUCAGUUUCUAUACACAAUGAUUCUUGAUGAUUCGUUUCAUCCUGAAACAGAAUGUUACAAUCCACUUUUUACGUCUUUGCAUACCCUUCUUAUGGCUAUUUAUCGUCGCGAUUGUCAAAAAAAAUUCUGUGACGAUGAUCACUGGUUGGCAAAGGAGGUUCGCAUUACAAGUUUCCUUGUAGAUCUUGAAAAAGGACGAAAAGGAGCACCUUUUUUACUUCAUAAAAUGCCUCACAUAAUACCUUACUUUGAUAGGAUACUUCUAUUUCGUAAAUAUAUAGCCGAAGAAAAAGAAGUUUUAGGAUUAACGGAAAGUACAUGCAGAAGUCCACCUACUACUUUAAUAGCCGUACGCAGAUCAAGUUUAGUUGAAGAUGGUUACAGACAAUUAGCAAUUUUACCACAGCAAUCUCUAAAAGGUAUUAUAAGAGUUCGGUUUAUUAAUUAUCAAGGUUUAGAUGAGGCGGGUAUAGAUCAAGAUGGAGUUUUCAAAGAAUUUCUGGAAGAGAUAGUCAAGAAAGUUUUUGAUCCUUCUUUUAAUUUAUUCAAGACAACGAGCGAAAAUAGAUUGUAUCCUUCAUCAACUUCUUCUUUACAAGAAAAUCAUCUUUUAUUAUUCGAAUUUGCUGGACGUAUUUUGGGAAAAGCCGUUUACGAAGGUAUUACAGUUGAUGUACAUUUCGCAUCAUUUUUCGUUUCUCAAUUUUGCGGUCAAACAGGAGGUCUGCUAUACAGUUGUCUAGAUGAAUUGGCUUCGCUUGAUCAAGAUCUGUAUCGCAGUUUGACGAUGGUAAAACACUAUAAAGGCGAUGUAUCUGAAUUAGAACUCACUUUUUCACUUGAUGAAAAUGUUAUGGGAAAAGUAAUAACUUAUGAAUUAAAACCAGGAGGCAAGGCUAUUCUAGUUACUAAUGAAAACAAAAUAAAUUACAUCCAUUUAGUAGCUCAAUUCCGAAUGUACGUUCAAAUCAAAGACCAAAUUUCUGCGUUUACUCGAGGGUUCCGGUCUAUUAUUAGUCCGAAUUGGCUUUCACUAUUUUCAACACCAGAGUGGAAAAGACUCAUAUCAGGUGAAAACGUUCCAUUAGAUUUGCAUGAUUUGAGAAAGCAUACGCAAUACUUUGGAGGAUUUCAUGACAAACAUCGUGUAAUAUGUUGGCUUUGGGAGAUACUCGAUAGAGAUUUUUCAGAAGAAGAAAGAAGUCUUUUCUUAAAGUUUACUACUAGCAGUUCCAAGUCACCUUUGUUAGGAUUUGCAACUUUGGAGCCACCAUUUUCUAUUAGAUGUAUUGAAGUAGGCGACGAUGAAGAUACGGGAGAUACUAUUGGUAGCGUAAUACGAGGAUUUUUUACUAUUCGGAAAAAGGAUCCACAGAAUCGUUUACCAACAUCAUCAACUUGUUUUAAUUUACUGAAGCUACCAAAUUACCAGAAAAAAUGUACACUACGAGAAAAGUUACGUUAUGCAAUUACCAGCAACACUGGAUUUGAAUUGUCUUAAAAUAAUUUCUCUCUGAAUUCUUUCUGAGAAAAAUGUUCCAGUUUUUUUUAAUAUAAGCUAAAUUUGGUAAAAAGUGAAUCUUCUUAUUUAAAAGUAUGAGGCAAGACAAAUCUAUAUCAUAACAUAAAAAAAGAUGUGACCUAUAUGACCUAUCACACGAUCAAUUUAUAUAUA